AUGGCUUCAACUUCAAAUGAUAGUCCAAGGGAGCAGGAGAAGGACAACGGCACACGAGAGGCCACGGUGGACGCCUCCGUCAUCGUAGCAGACAACGCCAGCAGCAACGACAGCCCUCCAACAUCAUCAUCUCAAGCAUCACCUACCGCUGAGAAGUCGACAACAACCCCUGCUGGACCUCCCGACGGUGGUUUGCAAGCAUGGCUCCACAUCGUUGGGUCAUUCUUCAUCUACUUCAACACAUGGGGUCUCAUUUCAAGCUUCGGCGCCUUUCAGGCUUACUACCAGUCCGAUCUCCUGAGCAAUAACACGGCCUUUCAGAUCUCUACGAUUGGUUCUCUGCAGAACUUUCUCAUGGUCUUUCUAGGUUUCAUCAUUGGCCCCAUCUACGACCUGGGCUACUCUCGAUACCUGCUGGUGGUGGGAUCGAUCCUGGUGCUGGUCGGUCUCAUCCUCCAAGCCUUCUGCCGGAACCUAUGGCAAUUCCUCCUCUGCCAGGGCCUCAUUGUCGGCCUCGGAACAGGCUGUCUGUCUACACUAGGCGUCGCACUCCCAUCGCAAUGGUUCUCGACUAGAUUGGCGCUUGCCAAUGGUAUCGCGGCAAACGGUAGCGGUGUUGGCGGUCUCGUCCUGCCAGCCAUGUUCCGAGCCCUCCAGCCCAAGAUCGGCUUCCGAUGGACGGUCCUCAUCUUCGCGCUGAUUGCGCUCGUGACGCUCGGCAUAGCCAAUCUCGUCAUCAAGACAUCGAAGCUCAAGAUCCCCCUCAAGCGACGACCGCUCGUCGACAAAUCCGUCUUCCGCGACCUCCCGUUCCUCCUCUUCCUCGGCGCCUGCUGUCUGCUCUUCCUGGGCAUGUACACGCCGUACGUGUACGUGCAGAGCUACGCCCUAGAGAACCACAUGGCGAGCGAGAAUGUCGCGCUCUACCUCCUCUCGAUGCUCAACGGCGCCUCCAUUGUCGGGCGCAUCAUCCCCAACUUCUUCGCGCCCUAUAUCGGCAUCAUGAACAUGAUUGCCGGCGCCGUCUUUGUCAUGUCCAUUGCCGCCUUCUGCUUCGCCGCGACGAACAGCCAGGCUUCGCUGAUUGUCGUCACCGUGGUGUACGGCUUCUUCAGCGGAACCUUUUUCGGCUUGCAGCCGACUACCUUUGUGAAGCUCACGGCCGACAAGAGUUACAUGGGCACUAGGUUCGGUAUGGCGUUUACGGUCAUGUCGGUGGCGCUGCUCUUCGGAUCGCCCAUUGCUGGUGCGCUGUCGAGGUCGCACGGAUACCUGAGCGGUUGGAUCUGGUCGGGAUGUUGCCUUGCUGCCAGCGGCGUAACGAUUUGCGUUGCGCGAGGCUUCGCGGGCGGUUGGAAGCCGAAUAAGGUGGUUUAA